UAUCUAUAAAUACCCUCACCAGGAUUUUCAAAUCCUCCGAACCUUUCCAAUUUCCUCUAACAUUAACUCCACCGAGACUUCCUUCCUCUUAUUCGUUCUCAUAUCUACGAAGAUUUUCAGUCAUGAUUUCAUUAUUAUAGAACUUUCUCGCAUUUCUACUCUUGAUAUGAAAUAUUCAGACUGUUCUGUCAGAUGAAAAUCUUCCAUUCAGUAAAGGUUGUCCUCCUGUACUGGUUCUACGUCUUUUCUUAAACUUGUCUAAUUAAUUUCAAGUCUCACAUACCAACAUUUACCUUUUCUUUUUCAUUAUCCAAGGCGUGCUGACUGCAACUAUUAUAUAUCAUAGUAAGUCCAUUGAUUAAUCCAGAAAAUGUCAUCAUCCCUGGCAAAGGCAGGCUCAUCAGGUUCUGACGUUGAUGCGCCAAAUGCUACGAUUGAUGAGAAGAGAAGAAAAAGAAUGAUUUCUAAUAGAGAAUCCGCCAGGCGGUCGCGAAUGAAGAGGCAAAAGCACCUGGGAGGUUUGGUUUGUGAAAAAUCAAUUCUGGAGAGAAAAAUAUACGAAGACAACGAAAAAUAUGUUGCAAUUUGGCAAAGCCAUUUUGCUCUCGAAUCACAGAACAAAAUCUUGAGGGAUGAAAAGAUGAAGCUGGCAGAAAAUUUGAAGAAUUUGCAACAAAUUCUUUCAGGUUAUGAAGUCCCUGAAUCUGAUCAAGAUAUCGAAGUUUCAGACAGAUUUUUGAACCCAUGGCAAGUUUCUAGUCCAGUGAAGCCCAUCACAGCUUCUGGGAUGUUCAAAUUCUAGCUGUUCUAGCUCUUAUUUCCAUGUCAUUUUCUCAUGAUUGAGCUUUCGAUUCUCUGCUUAUGUUAUCCACACUGGUUUAUAUCUUGUAUAUUUGCAGAAUAAAAUCUCGCGGUGUAAUUUUCUUUCUGAA